GAACGGGAUCGAUCCAAGAACGUGCGGAACAGAUGCACAAGUUUCUCAAGAAUUAUCUCCCAAGAGGUGUCGGUGUCAACUUUGUUGCCCACUCAAUGGGGGGUCUUGAUUGCCGGCACCUGAUUUCUUCGAUCCAGCCGACGGAAUACAAGCCAUUGAGUCUGACGACGAUCGCUACCCCUCACCAUGGAUCACCCUUUAUGGACUGGUGCGCUGCCAACAUUGGCGUCGGAUCGCAGGAGCUCAAGGAUCACAUUGCCGCAAACUUGCCCUUCACGAUGAAGACGCCGCUGCUCUCGAUCCCCGGCAAGCCCUCACCGAAGGACACGUUUGGCAUAUUCACCUCGGCUCUGACCAACUAUCUUCUAAACAUCUUUGAUUCGCCAGCCUAUUACAAUCUCCGGACCGACUACCUCCGAGACCACUUCAAUCCCGCCACCCCCGACGACCCAAAUGUCAAGUACUACUCGGUCGCGGGUCGCAUUGCCAAGAUGUCGGUUCUACACCCAUUGUGGUUCCCAAAGCUUGUGCUUGACAGUGCGGCUGAGAAGGGAUACCCCGAGGGCGAGACGCCCAAGGGGGAGGCAUAUGAGGGCAAUGACGGCCUCGUUUCGGUCGCUUCGUCCAAGUGGGGCGAGUUCCUCGGCGUCGUGGACGGCUGCCACCACUGGGACCUGCGUGGUGAAGGCGGGUUGUGGCCUGCCACCAACUCGCUCAAGCUGUCGACAGAGAGCAACACGGUCCUAGGCCUUGGCACCGACAUUGAUGAGAGAACCAACUACCAGUCCUCUGACGACAAGGGGCCCGGCGCCAAGCCCGACGAGCAGUUGAAUCGGGCGCAGCAUGACCGUGAUCUCGCAGCAGCACGUCUCAUGUCUCCAGGCAAGACGCCAGACCAGGCCAAGUCCAGCUCAAACGGGUGGGAUAUGGCGAUGGUGGGCCAGCUUGUCGACUGGGUUGGCGACCUCUUCCCUGGUGACAAGAAGGACGCUGAGCGGACGUCACAGUUUGCGGACGCUCAGAAGGAGAUGGACGCUCGCAAGGAGUCGCAAGCAGAGCGCCAGAGGACAGUUGUGCGGGAUAAAUUUGAUCUCGCGCGUUUCUACGGCGGGCUGAUGUUGCGGUUGCGAGAGGAGGGGUUGUAAUGGGUCUGUUGGUCGGGCACAUCCGACAACAGCGG